AUGCGCCCUCUCACUACCUGCCACCGCUGCCGCGGCCUCAUCGCGCAGAGCCGACAAGCCUCUUCCUCGGCUCCAGCUGCCCAAGCAGCCCGACUGAGCCGUAAAUCCGUCCUAGAGAUCUCGGGACCCGAUACCCAAAAGUUCCUCAAAGGUCUGACCUGCAAAGACGUCGAGCCCAUCCAAGGCGGCUAUAGUGGAUUUCUCAAUGCCAGCGGACGAGUCCUCCAUGAUGUCUUUAUAUUCCCCGUCCAGCCGGACCGAUAUCUCAUAACUCACGAAUCACCGCCGAAUCACCCGGCCCCUCUCCAGAAAUACCUGCAGCCAUUCAAGCUCCGCUCGAAAGUCCGCUUCAAGGAUGUUUCGGCUGAGUGGGAUGCGUGGGGGAUGUGGGGAGUAGAAGCGGGGUCAAAGCCGGAGAGGAAGUGGAAGGCGGGGAGUCUGGGCGCGGCGGAGGCGAGCUGGUCUUGGCCGGAUGGGAUCGCCGAUCUGGGCUUGCGGAGUCAGGAGGUGGGGUGCUGGGAUCUGCGGGCGGGCGUUGAUGGGCUAGGGCAACAGAUCUUGGUCCCAGCUGGGAGUGAACCUCUUGGAACAAUCAGCUCCGAGAGCGACUAUCACUUGAACCGAAUGCGGCUGGGAAUACCAGAAGGCCCACAGGAGCUGGUGUCCGAGGCGGCACUACCGAUGGAGAGCUGUAUGGACGUGCACGGAGGAGUCGACUUCCGGAAAGGCUGUUAUGUGGGCCAAGAGUUGACGGUCCGGACGUAUCAUACCGGCGCGACGAGGAAGCGGAUCCUGCCUAUAAGCCUCUUCCCUCUUCGAUCGGAUAGCGCUCUGCCUGCCGAUUUGUCGCCCGGGGAGGCCUUGACUCCAGGCACAUUCGGCGAGGUCACCUACCAUCCUCCGGCCAGCUCAUCAACGAAGAAGCCCAAAUCAGCCGGCAAGAUCCUGUCCCUCCACGACACGUAUGGGAGUGUCGGACUGGGUCUGCUCAGGCUGGAAAUGGUCGAGCGGACAUGGUGGAACCAGGCCCCGUGCGCGAGCGUCGACGAGUGGCUCAAUGGCGGAUCAGCGAGAUUGACGACUGUUAUGAGCGGGACAGAGUAUGGUGUAUAUGUAGGCAAAGCGGAAGCGUAUGCCGCUUCCCUGGGUAUUGAUCCAUAG